GAAUGUUAAGAAAUGAAACCAAAACGUCCCCUCACCAAGAUGGGAGACAAAAGCAAAACAAGCUAGUUAACGUCCCCUAUUGUGACAGUCACAUCUUUUGUGAUCACCAAGCGUAUUGAUGGAGAAAGUAGCUGGGGGAUCCGGUAACACAGUGCACUGCACCAUCUGUCAUCUGUGUGUAGGCAGUAGAACUGGGAUUGUCUGUCAGAGGAUGCUGGAACAGGCUCUGCGAUGGCCCACUUUGACACGGAAUACCAGCGUCUCGAGACCUCCUACAACGACUCUCCACCUGGAGAGGAGAACCUCCUGGUCCACGUACCGGAGGGGUCCAAAUCUCAAUGGCAUCAUAUAGAGAAUCUGGACCUUUUCUUUCAGAGAAUUUACAAUCUGCACCAGAAAAAUGGCUUCACUUGUAUGCUGCUUGGGGAAAUAUUUGAACUUGUACAACUGGUGUUUGUAGUUACCUUCACUGUGUUUUUGGUGAACUGUGUGGACUACGACAUCCUGUUUGCCAACAAACUGGUGAACCACACAGACUCCUCUAAGGUCACGCUUCCAGACGCUUUCCUUCCUGUGGAUGUCUGCGGUGCUCGAAUCCGUGACAAUGUAUUCGUCAUUUUCAUCUUGGUGAUUUCUGGGGUCUUCUGGCUCCAUCGGCUCAUCAAAUUCAUAUACAAUAUCUGCUGCUACUGGGAGAUUCGCUCCUUUUACAUCAAUGCACUGAAGAUGUCCAUGGCAGACCUGCCGUAUUUCACCUGGCAGGAGAUGCAGGCGCGCAUCGUGGAAAUCCAGAAGGAGCACCAGAUAUGCAUCCACAAGAAGGAGCUGACUGAACUGGACAUCUACCAUCGCAUCCUGCGCUUCAAGAACUACAUGGUGGCCAUGGUCAACAAGUCCUUGCUCCCUGUCCGCUUCCGUGCGCCCCUGCUGGGAGACAUUGUGUUCUACACCCGUGGGCUCAAAUAUAACUUUGAACUCAUCUUCUUCUGGGGGCCUGGCUCACUCUUCGAAAACGAGUGGAGCCUCAAGCCAGAAUACAAGAGGGGCAGUAACCGGUUGGAGCUGGCUGACAAGCUGAGCACACGCAUCCUGUGGAUCGGCGUGGCCAACCUGCUGCUAUGCCCCGUCAUCCUCAUCUGGCAGAUCCUCUAUGCCUUCUUCAGCUACACGGAGGUGAUCAAGCGGGAGCCGGGCAGCCUGGGUGCACGCUGCUGGUCCUUGUAUGGCCGCUGCUACCUGCGCCAUUUCAAUGAGCUGGACCAUGAGCUCAUGUCACGCCUCAGCAAAGGCUACAAGGCCUCCUCCAAGUACAUGAACUGCUUCAUGUCUCCGCUGCUAACCGUAGUGGCCAAGAAUGUGGCCUUCUUUGCUGGCUCCAUCCUUGCUGUGCUCAUCGCCCUCACCAUCUAUGAUGAGGAUGUGUUGGCUGUGGAGCACGUCCUCACCAGCAUCACGCUGCUGGGUGUCUGUAUCACCGUCUGCCGCUCCUUCAUCCCAGACAAACACCUGGUGUUCUGCCCAGAGCAACUCUUGAAGGUCAUCCUGGCACACAUCCACUACAUGCCAGACCACUGGCAGGGCAACGCCCAUCGCUACGAGACCCGCGAUGAGUUCGCCCAGCUCUUCCAGUACAAGGCUGUGUUUAUAAUGGAGGAGUUGCUCAGCCCCGUGAUCACACCCUUCAUCCUCAUCUUCUGCCUCCGCCGCAAGUCCCUAGAGAUCAUCGAUUUCUUCCGCAACUUCACUGUGGAGGUGGUGGGUGUCGGGGACACCUGCUCUUUUGCCCAGAUGGACGUCCGUCAGCACGGGCACCCCGCUUGGAUGUCUGCAGGGAAGACCGAGGCCUCCAUCUACCAGCAGGCAGAGGAUGGCAAAACGGAGCUGUCUCUGAUGCACUUUGCCAUCACGAACCCACACUGGCAGCCUCCACGUGAGAGCACCAACUUCAUCAGCCAACUGAAGGAGAAGGUCCAUCGGGAGGCCAUCUGUGGGCAGCAGGGCAUUCUUACCGAGAACCACAUCUUCUCCUCCAUCCAGUCUGAGUCAGAGCCCCACAGCCUGAUUGCCAACCUCCUAGUCGGACCCCCCUCUCUGGCCUCACUCAAUUUGGGCCGGGAGGCCUCUAUGACCAACCACGUUGUGGAUGUAGGCUUGGCUGAUGGAGCCUCUGCCCUGCGCUCAUUCUCCCCUCUCAGCACGAGCCAGCACCUUCGUAGCAGCUACGCCUCCACCCGUCUGCCCCGGAGCGACAGUGCAGCUCUAGGUGGGGGCAGAGCCAUGGUUGGGUCAGGAACAGAUGCUCGCACUGCUAGUUCUGGCAGCAGUGCCUGGGAGGGCCAGCUGAACAGCAUGGUCCUCUCAGAAUAUGCGUCCACAGAGAUGAGCAUCCACGCCGUCUACAUGCACGAGCUCCACAAGCAGCAGUCACGGGGGCAGCUAUCGCGCCACACCUGGCACAGACAGGACAGCGAUGAGAGCAGCGAGGGCAUCCCAGAUGAUGGAGAGGCACCCCGCAACUUGCCCCGCUCCAACACCUUCCCCUGCGCUGGAACGCCCCAACAGGAGGGGGCACCGCUGCACAACACUGCUCAGCGCCGCUAUGGGGGCACCACAGAGUCUCUGAGCGGGGGGUCCAGGCCGAUGGCGAGGUUUUCCCGAAUACCCAUGGGCGGCUGGGCCGAGGAAGCUCAGGCCAGCCGGCUCCACGACCCAGUCCCUGAGGAGGGCUCUGAGGAUGAGCUGCCGCCGCACAUCCACAAGGUGACAUAACUGAUGUCAUGAUGGGAUCCACUGCCGACGUCUCCAAAUGGACAUUCUCCUGUUGAACUGACACUCGUAAACUCAUCACAGAACAAGCUUGUACUGAACGCAAUGAAUUCCUGCUCUGCCGCCUGGCAUUCAUUAUCCGACCUCAUGAGACACCAACCCCGAAAGUCAUGCGAUUUUCCCGUCAUAAUAUGGCAUCUCAUGGAGAAUCCAAACACGGCUGCCAGCGCUGUACAGACUGACGCAUGGUCAUUACAGCCAAUUACAAUUUCACCAGGGAAUCAGCAAAGAGGAUACAGAGGCCAUAACACUGGUGUCUUUGUACCUCAUCUUAUUUCACAGUCUCUGGUAGCAGACCAUAAAUUACAACAGUGGGAACCGACUGCUGAGCACCAAGACAGUAACCUCUCCCUCCCAAUAUGAAUAACUGUCCUCCUCCAAUGUGGUUCUGGGUCUCUUUUUUUGAAGGAACACUGACAAUACUUUAAAGAAAUAUGACAUAUAAAUAUUUAUAAUAUGAAUGCAAUUAUAAAUAUUUACAGAUCUAUUUAGGCACUGUACAAUGCCUGGUAUUGUUUGCUUUUCUCUUUUUAUUUUCAUGUUUGAACGAGUACUGUCAUUGUAAUAGCGGGCCUACGGAUAGCAUUACAAAGGGCCAGAUGCAGGAGUAUUUCCACACGGUGUGUGCUCUGCCCGCCUGGCCUGUCACACUUGACAAGCUUUUUAGUUCUUUUAGGUGACUUCUGUCUUUGCUUGAGUCUGUAGUAUUGGUGUUCCUUCUCUUUGUAACUUUGCACAGAAAUGUGCAAAAACUUCUACAAACAGGAACACCCACUAGGCGAAGGAUAACAUGCAGGCACAUUUCUGUGUAAAAAUGAACAACGAAUUGAGCUUCACAUGCAAAACAUAAAGUUCGUGAGAUAAUAGCUGUGUAUUUUUCAUAAUCACAUCUCUUUUGACUAGCUUUUUACUGUUGGCUUGGCUUGUGGACUCUUUACAGUGUGGAUGUUUAAAGACAUUCUCAUGAUAAGCAAGCACAGUAUUCUUUAGUCCAUAUGAUGUUUUGUCAUGUUGCUCAUUUUUUUGCACCUCCAAUAUAUAGGGUUAGUGUUAAAAGGACUAAAUUAGUUAAAAAAUGCACAAUUCUAAUGCCCCUGCUUUUAAAAGGCCAAUCUGAAAAGAAUUCAUCACAUAUCAGUUGGUAUUUUUUACAUGAUGCUAAGAUGUUGUGAGUUAUGCAUUAUACUUUUUAAUUUCUGUGGUAAGCAGUUGAGUUAUUCCUCAUUAAACCAGAACAGAACAUAUGGCUGAACUUGAGAAGGAAUAUUAAGGUCAGAACCUGUCAUUGAAACAUCUGGGCAAUUACCAUAUUAUACCCAUUUCCAGCAUUAGUUUAGUUUGAAACCACAGGAUGGUUUUUAACACAGAUGUUUCUAUAUGAUUACAGUUUAAUACUAAAAAGUCACAAAAUACAUUCAAAGCAGCACAUAAUUCCACACCCAUUGAGUAUGGACCUGCCUUCCUAACUUUUUGCACACAUAUAAAUCAAUGCACUUUAUGUUACUAUAAAUCAAAGAACCAAAAGAAUUUAGCUUAUAGUGAAUUAUUGUGACUUAAACUGUACAAUGUACUUCCAAAUUAAAAUAAGGUUGAGCUAAGCAUAGGGGGUACUAUCAUUUGUAACUGGUGUAGAUGGAAAAACUAGUGUGCAAAGGCAGAGCAGAGAUGCUGUGGAAAUUGCCUUGUAGUCAUUUGUUUUGCUGCAAAGGGGGAUGUUGGGCUUGAAUCAUGUACCGCACAAGCGUCACCAGGUGAUUGUGUUGAGUGGGGUUUGUUCAGUGAUCCUGUAGUUCAGUGUGGUUUAUGAUGAUCUGGAUUGUUUUUUAAUGGUUUUCUCCUCUGCUUCUUUUCAUUUCAAUAAUAAGAAAUGCAAAAAGUGAACUUACUCUGUGUACAGGCCAGUUCCCCUUGCUAUCCUGUUCCAACUGGAAACAACUUCUUGGUGUGUCGUUUCAAAUGUUCCCAAGAUAAAUGCAUGACUGUGAGUAGUAGGUCAUCAUAGUCUGUUAUUACCAUGUGCCCGAUUCCACUAGUUUCAAUGGUUCAAGCGUGAAGACCAGUAGAACUGUGCAUAUACUGUAUGCAUUUGUGGUUCUUUCUUUUUUAUA